AUGUCCGUCACAAACACCAAAGAAGCAGAAACAACAAGCACAUCCACAGAGCUGCCCGCUCUAACCGUCAACAUGGGCCCUCUUAUCACACCGUUCACACCUCCCCCAGAUUGUUUCUCCUACACACUCGCAGGGUACGGCCACCGCGUCAACUCGGUCGACGUCUCAACCAUUAUAGAAUGGAGACGCGGGUACACAUGCUCCGGGACCAGGCUGGACGCCAGAGAAGAGUGCUUCCCGCCGAGAUGGGGCGCAGUGUUCAACACCGCCGGGCAGAAGGGUCCGAAUGCCGUGUAUCCCGUCUAUUCACCGGGUUUGGUGUGUCCGGCUGGCUAUGCGACGAGUUGUGUCAUGGUGUACAGCACGCCCGGUGGAAUACAGCUCGAUACUGUGGUAGACGAUGGGCCAAUUACGACAAAAUGGAGUAUUUUAAAGGAGGGUGAAACUGCUGUUGGCUGUUGUCCGACUGGUUAUACCUGCUAUUUGCCCUAUUCUUGUGCGUGGGCGCCGUCGAUAUCAGCAACAAUUACGGGAGACAUGGACAAAGCUUGCUACGGAUCGUCCAAAUCCCGUUCCGUUGGCACGACAGUCAUAGUCAAGGACAUGAUUCCCAAGGUUGUCGCGCCACAAAUUGUUCUCAUCCGGAACAGCAACAACACCACAUCAACUACUUCAGCAACAAAUACAUCCACAAUAGUUCAGCCAACAGUAUCAAACGGGCCAGAAGGUGACUCGUCUUCAGGUUUAAGCACCGCCGCCAAAGCAGCAAUAGGUACCGCUGUCCCCCUAGGAAUCAUCAUCCUCGCCUUGGCAGGGUACAUUCUAUUCUUCCGUCGACGAAGCCGCAACGAGAAAGACACCGAACCCGCAUCAGAGCAAGAUGGUGGCUUUUCCAGUCUCAAUAAACCAGAGUUGGACGCAACCGGUUCGCCCCUCGGGAUUUCAGUAAGCCCGUAUACUGAGUUGGACGGCACGCCUAGUCUUUCACCGGGACUCUCGACGUUUGUUUCCGAUCAAAGUUCUGAAGGAAAUCGUUUGUCUGAGCUGCAAGGCUCAAUGGCAGCUCGGGUAGUAGCUGGCAUGUGGGAGUUGCAAGGCGACGAGGAGCGAGUGGCGAGUCGUGUGGCGAGUCCGGCAUUUUCUAAUGAGGAUGGAAGUGUUGCGGCAUUUGGUGCCUCCGCCGAUACGGCAACUGAGAUCAAAGAAGAUGGCGUUGGGGAAAAUUUGUUCUCGGAGAACAAGGGUGACAAUCAGAGCCUGGAAGAUGAAAUUAGGCAGGACGACACUGAGAACAGGAAUAUGGGAGAGGGUUCGGGGCAGGCUCAUGUUGUUGUAGAAGGAGCACAAGAAGAUUUUGCACACAGGCCACCCAUUAAAAGGAAGAGUCUCAAUAUCCCAGAGUCUCAAUCGUGA